AUGACUCGUUCAAAAAUGAAGUAUCGGUACUACCACGUUCAAAAGGUCGCUGGCCGACCUUCGAGGAGCGCAUCGCCUGAAAAACAACCGAGAAGUCGAAUAACUCUACGAGGGCAACGACGGAGUCUCAAGGAAGAGGGUACAAGUCCUGAUCUGAGUCCGUCGGGAUACGUCGGCUCCUCUAGCAUUCUUUCUAUAUGUCCGAGAUUCUCGCCUGUCAUCUCUCGCAAACCAGUACAUCCUCGGGACAAGGGCACUUGGCCAUUCGAAUUCGUAAAGCAACAAUUCAGAAAGUUGUUGGCUUCUUCGGAACGUGUAGACCAACUCAUUGCUCAAUACUACGAUAGCGGUCGUUUUACCGUCAUCCCGCGGCCUUUGGUUCUCGACCCGAUUUCCGCGCUUCUUCGCAAGUUGAGUGCGAGUCAGAAUGAAGAAGCGAUUUUGGAUCAUCAUGUUGAAAAUGCCAGACGAAAUUUAAACAAGAGAUUUCCAUCCCUCUCGGCUCAUACGACAUUUCCUGAGUUCCUUGGUUUGUUGGCCUCACAUUUGCUCUCGCAGGGGUCUCCGUUUUUUAUAGCCAGCAAGGUCUGCGUGGGAAUCUGUGAGGAAUACAAUCAGGUGAACGAUCUUACCGUUUGGUCGCGGUAUAUGAACUUUUAUUUUAGCAUCGAUUCUUUUUGGAGACGCGAGUAUGACGAUGAAGAGGUCUUGCUUGAGAGCAGCCGACUUGAUGCGGCUUUGCAAGGCCUUGACCGGGAUGGGUGGAAGGGUCCUAAUGGGAAGGAUAAGUCCAGCCGGCCAGCCAGUUUGAUUCGACUUCGGUACCAACAAGCUCACCUUCGCGACAAGAUUCUACAUCUGUCACUGGGGAACAGGACGAAGACUUUCUCGGAGACUCUCUCGUAUGUCAUACUCGCCAUUUGCCAUGCCUUGCUAAUAGAUACGCAGGACUUUGUACGGAGAGUAUCAGGACGCGUGGUCAAAGGUUCCACCGCAAUACCGCUACAACGAAAGCGUGUGGGAAACUUCGAACCCGCAAUUAUGCGUCGCGCUUUUGAUUGUUCAUCUAGACUAUCUUUACAGUGGUUUCUUGAUCGAACGAAUGCUCACUCAAGAUGGUCAAAUGACUAAGACUUGCCUCCUGGCAACAUCAGCGAAGCUGCUUUCGGGCGUACUUGAGUCGUUCAGCAUCAACAUUGCUAUCCUGAAUUACGUGAGGGGUUUACUUGGAUGGUGCGCGCCCGUCCUCGUAUCUUGACUGCAAG